AUGUUCCGCGUGGGCACCCAGCUCUCCAGCCACAUGGUCUCAGCGCAGAUCCGCUGCAAGCUCAUCCAGUCCCGACAGACCCCAGAAGGGGAAUUCUUGCCGUUAGAUCAAUGUGAGUUGGAUGUUGGAUUUGGAACUGGAGCUGACCAGCUGUUUUUAGUUUCUCCUUUAACCAUCUGCCACGAAAUCAACCCCCAGAGCCCCCUUUUUUGUCUCUCUCAAAGAUCGCUAAGAAGUGAGCAGUUUGAGAUUGUCGUCAUCCUGGAAGGAAUUGUUGAAACUACUGGAAUGACAUGUCAGGCUAGGACCUCCUACACAGAAGACGAAGUUCUUUGGGGACACAGAUUCCUCCCAGUAAUGUCACUAGAAGAUGGCUUUUUUCGUGUUGAUUACUCUCAGUUUCAUGCCACCUUUGAAGUCCCCACACCUCCUUAUAGUGUAAAAGAACAACAGGAAAACCUCUCUCUUCUAUCUCCUUUGAAUACUCCUAUUGGUAGCCAACACAGACAGGAAUACAUCUGCUCGCUGGACUGCAUUGAUAUUUUAGAGGAGAAAACAAAGAAGUUUCCUAGUAAACUUCAAAAAAUUACCUCCGGAACGGAAGGCCUUCAGAGAAGAGUCCUCAGGCUGAGUUCCAGCAACGUAGAGAAAGCUUGCAGUACUGGAGAUCUCUUGAAAAUUCAGCAGACAAGUUCUGUUUCCAGCAAUGAAGAUGGCGAUGAAAGGAUACACCUGAAGGCCUUCAAAAUAAAAUCUGAGUCUCUGACUCAGUCUACCGGAGAUCUUGAGAUACAGCAAAAGCCUCAAGCUCUGCUCACCUUAGGGACAAGACUAGAGGAUCAUUUGCCUGCCAAACUUCGAAAAAUGAAUUCUGAUCGCCUCUCCUAAAUAGCAGAUUCAACAGGCGUUGUUGUUACUCCUCGAUUGCAUUUUAGACUUCUGUCCUUCAGGAUUACUUUGGAUUAUUAUUCUUAAACCCUUGUUCUCCGAGUGGACCAUAGGUCAUCUACAAGUCUCCUCCACUUCACUAUCGAGAUAAACAUUUCUAGCUGACUCCAAGAGUACCCCAGUUGUUGUCCUUCAAUCUCAGUAGAUCUUCUCCACGUUGUCCGAGGCCUUCCUCUUUUGUGUUUUCCUUGCCGGUUCCAUGUGAGAGUUUAACGGACUAUAUUACUUUGGAUUACUACUGGGCUAAUUUGGUUUUGCCAAGAGAUUCUCCCGAAAUAACGAUUUUCAAUAUUAAGUUGCUUUUUUGUAUCAUGUUCCAUGCAAAUCUGCGUUAUGUAGCAUGUUACAUUCAUUGUGCUAAAUCAAUAGUUCCCUGCUUUAAAACCAGGUAACAGUUCGCUCUGGUCUUCCAUCCUUUCUGAAAUAAAGGGGCCAGAUUCUCCACUAUGAUAUAGUGCCGAUUGGAUGGGGACGGGGUUGAUGGCAACAUGAACCUCAUCUUUACACUCCCCCCCCCCCCCCACAUCAUAUGUUAGAGAAGCCCUAUGUGUGGUCUAAUCUAUGCCAUCUCUUAAGGGACCAAGGCCAUCACUGAGGAACAGUGUACCAUAACGAUGGCCCAGUCGCAUCUUCUGUGCCAGCAACGGAGGGGAGGGACAAAGGAGCUAUAGUGGCUGCUGUGCUAGUAGAAGACUCAUUACACUUAUGUGAGCUUCCCAAGGCUGGAUCACACCUAUUCUAAUGGCCAGAUUUGGCCAGCGCACAGCAGCUGGAUUGAUAAAAGAAUUUGACCAAAGAAAUAGAUUAAGAACAAGUACAACACUUUUUUCUCAUAACACUUAAAGAAUUAAAUCUGAAAUUGAUAAAAUGUACUAAAACAGAUGGUGAAGCAACAGAGGCACAGAAGUGAGCAUGGCCUGGAAUAUUACAGUCCUGAGAUAUAAGAAGAGGAGGGUUUUUCAGAGGGUGGGUGACCAGUACUGUUCCAAACUCAUAGGGAAAUUAUAGUCUGAUUUUCUGAAUUUAGAAAAUGGUAAGAACUGCACUCCUGUUUUGUUUUCUUAACAUUGUUAGUGCCACAGUUAAUGAAUAAUCAAGUGUUUGCUUCAGUCUCCAUUCUAGAACUGUUCUUCAUCUUUUCCUGGUGGAAAAAUGACUUAUUUCCCAACAAGUAUAAGUAACUUUAAUAGUUUAAUAAAAUAAUACUGAGUACUCAUGAUAAUGCAUGAUGCUUUGCUUCUGCAAAACACUCAGUGACAAUCGGAUCAAAUUCUGCUUGGCUGCAUCUAGACUGGCAAGUUUUUCCGCCAAAGCAGCUGCUUUUGC